AGUGGGUAAAAGAUGUCCUCCUUUCACGGAUAUGGUGCUCUGCCUUAACGGUCAAAUCUGAAAGAGCAGCAGAGGCUGAAGAUGUUCUUCUCUCAUAGAGGCCGUCAGUGGUUCUCUCUGCUGUCUGAGCUGCUCCUUCACGUGCUUCUUGGACUCUGCCUUCAUGAUGUGGAGGCUUCUGGAGGAAAACAAGUUAUUCAUAAAAAAGUUGGAGACUCUGUGGAGAUUUCCUCAAAUUUACCAACUGAAGGAGUCAGUAGGGCAAGAUGGAAAUAUGAAGACUCAACAGUUGCAGACCAACGUUUAGGUGUUAUAGAAAACAAUCCCUUUCAGGCCAGAGUGCAGUUCAAUAAUGUGAACUUUAGUUUAACAAUAAAAGACCUGACCCUGCAAGAUUCUGGUGAUUUCAGUUUUAUCUCAUUAGCCAAUGAUCAACAAAGACCUACAGUCUUCAUCACUCUGCUAGUUCACGAGCCGAUAUCUAAGAAGCCCGACCUGAAUUCUACCAUCAGUGAGCCCGACUCAAAGGGAGUCUGUACGGUUCACCUGGAAUGCAGAGCAGCUUCUCACAGCAACAUCAGCUACACCUGGAUUGUAGGAAAGCAAACCUAUGAAGGUCAAAGACUGGAACACAACAUCACUUUACAAGAUGGAAACACAACAUUCACCUGCACUGCCUCUAACGUCGUCAGUGAGAUGUCAGCGUUAGAAACAGUGAUGUGUAGAAACAACACCAAACCCGUCUCUGAUGAAGGGUCUAGCUCUGUCAUAUUUUGGGUUAGGCUGGCCAUUGCAGUUCUGGUUAUUCUAUUCUUGGUCUCACUGCUUCAUUUCACAAAUACGAAGGAUUUACUUUGUACCAGGGUUGAAGGUACUGCAACAGCUGACCAGGAUCAGACUCAGCAACAUCCCCUCAGCUCACCUCCUCCUGGUGAUGAGUCGGUGUAUGAAAAAAUGAGAGGCUCCAUAGAUGCUGAACAAGGUGAACCUUCAGAUGAAAACCUCUAAGAGUUGAAAACCUCUAAAAGUUCCCAUCACGCAACAGGACGAUGUUAAAGACAACAAGUGGACAAGAUGAGCCCAGAAAAUACACCAGAAGAGUUCAUUUCAGUGACUUCCUUGUCUUGUUAUGGUGAAUAUAUUAGUGUUCAUGAAUAAGGCUGAUUCCCAUCAGCAGGCUCCUCAUCCAAGUCACAACCCAAAAUCAUUCUUUUGGAAUGAGGGAAGAAAAUUUUAGCACCUAUGGAAUACCUACACAUAACGAGAAACUGCUUUUCUGUUUUAGAAACGUUUAUUUUAAUCAGUAGAAUAAUACGACAAACCACUGAUCAGUAACAGAGUUGCUCGCCCUUGUUCUGACAGCAAAAACACUUAACACACGUGUCAUUAUAGCACAACAUGCCGACUAAAUGAAUCGGUCAAUGUAACAAGAAGGAAGAAGGAAACUCCAUGGUUGUGUCAGGAUCUCCAUCUGAAAAUGUCUAAUUAUAACUCCAACAGCUCCUGUUCUUUGACCUUUCCUGGGGUCAACAGUAAGAACACUGUCAUGGAGAAAGAAAGGCGCUUCGCACUGCUGUGCCGAGUUCAGACAGCCUUCCGAAAAUGAACUACAAAGUAGGCGCUCUUUUCCCCCUGGUCAUCUUCGCAAAUUUCUGUGAGAUGGGCUGUGCUUGUACAUUAAGUCACCCAAAGGAAUGUGGGAUUCCAUAUAGCUCCUUAACUUAAUCAAUUAUUAUUAUUAUUAUUAUUAGUAUUAUUAGUAUUAUUAUUAACCUGGCCAGCCAGAUUGAUGUUGUGCAGCAUUCCCCCUUCAGCACAUUAUCUAUCUGGGACUGUUCCCAUUUAAUCGGUUUGGGAAAGGAGAGACAUUAGGCAGACCUCGCCGAGCUGUUUGGACAAAGCGACACCUUGUGCCCAUCUACCAAAUGUUGGUUUCAGCCGAUCACAGUAUGAAAUUAAAACAUAAGGAGCAGUUGCUAUGACAAACCACGAAUGGGCUGAGCUAGUCUGAUGGCUGAUGUAUAGUCCAGUGUUAAGUUGUGGGUCUGCCAUGCCAGAGGUCGCAGGAUAGAUACUUAGUGUAUUAGUACUACAUUUUCACCCCCACAGUAUAUAUAUCAAAACGUGCGUCUUGAUCCUGUUAAGUGUGCUUUUGGGGAAUGGUGGCCCAGUGGUUAGAGCAGCGAGCUUGCACUCAGAGAAGGAUGCAAGUACCUGGUUUGAUCCCAGCACCUGAGCAAAACCUUAACCCCAGAACACUUCCCAGGCGCCGCACAGUGGCAGCCCACUUCUCCCCAAGGGUGAUGGGUUA